CAGGGCUCAAGAAACAAAUAGAAAUCUGGAUAUCACAGAGAUAAAUAAAGAUUUACACCUUGUUGAAGGGGACAUCAAGACAACUAGGCAGAAGAGGUCCAUUAGAGGUCAACAGUACCGCUGGCCAUUGCCCGUCCCAUAUGAUUUCAGCUACACCUUGCACAUGAAUGCCGAAGGAGUCAUCCUCAAAGCCUUUGAGCAAUUCAGGCUCAAGACAUGCAUUGAUUUUCAGCCCCGUCAAUGGUUUGAACAGCAUGUCACACUGAAGUGGGGUCUAGGAUGCUGGUCUGAGGUAGGAAGACAGCCUAAAAUGGCACAGGACCUCGCCAUUGGCACUGGCUGUGACCAAGUGGCCACCGUAGAGCAUGAGCUCAUGCACACUCUUGGCUUCUGGCAUGAGCAGUCAAGAUAUGACCGGGACAAUUACAUCUCAAUCAACUGGGAAAACAUCGAAAUAGGUGAACAGGACCAAUUUCAAAUUAACACCAAAACUACCAACAGACCAUAUGACUACUUCUCAGUCAUGCACUACCCUAAAGAUGCCUUCAGCAAUGGCAAGGGAUCUACUAUCAUCACUAAACUACCUGAGUUCCAAGAUGUGAUUGGACAGACACUGGAUAUGAGCCAUUAUGAUGUAGAAGAGCUCAACAAGUUCUACAGAUGCAAUGACUCCAUCUCCUUCCUGGACCACUGCAGCUUUGAUGAGGGCAUGUGUGAGAUGAGUUCAGUUGGAUGGGAGAGAGUGAGCCGAGCUGAUGGAGGUCCCCAAUCUGACCACACCUACCUGGGCAUGGAAUCUCAAAAUUCCAGCUUUUUCAUGCAUGCCAACACAACAGUAGGACAAGGAGAAUUCUCCACACUGCAGACCAGGAGGUUGAUUCCUAAAAGAAAUGGCAAUAUCCAGUGCCUUGAGUUCUUCUAUUACAAUAGUGGGAAUAAACUAGAUCAGCUCAACAUCUGGAUGACUGAGUUUGAUAGUGAAAAUGACACCAUGGGAACUCGCAGACUCAUGGACCAGGUUACAGGUUAUCCAGCUAAUUAUUGGCAACUUCACCAUGUUCCUCUGAACGCCACUAAGACGUUUCAGGUGGAGUUUGAGGCCCGCAAAGGAACAGACAAGUCCAGAGGCGGGUUCUCUGUGGACGACAUCAACCUGUCAGAGACCGAAUGUCCUCAUCAGACAUGGCAGAUCAGGAACUUCGAAAAACUUCUCCACUUCAGUUCACCUUACAAUAUAUACAGUCCAACAUACUAUACCAGUGAUGGCUAUAGGUACCAGAUGUAUCUGGAACUUAAGGAUCCAGUAAUAUCUGCAUAUAUUCGCCUGCUGGCUGGGGAUUUUGAUGACCAGCUUCAGUGGCCUCUGCAGUGGAGGCAGAUGACUUUACUUGCCCUGGACCAGACCCCUGACAUUAGGCAACGCAUGUCCAAGCAAUACAGCUUCACCACGGAUUCAACGAAUGAAGAUGCACAAAAGCUUUGGUACGACCCUUCUUUCUAUGGAAAUCAUGUGGGAUCAGAUGAGAAUGAGAAACCUCUGUUUGGGAAUUUGGGCUACGGCUGGUCUAACUGGAUGAACAUAGAGAGCCUUAGAAGAAGAUCCUUCUUAAAGGGAGGGGACUUGUUUGUUCUUUUUGACAUACAAGACAUUUCGUAUCUCCUUAAAAAUCAGUCAUCUCCAUGCGAAGUUAACACAAGUUCCACAACUCCAGCUGCCACCACAGGAGGCGACAGUUCCACAACUCCAGCUGCCACCACAGGAGGCGACAGUUCCACAACUCCAGCUGCCACCACAGGAGGCGACAGCACAACAAGAGUCACUACUGAGGAGACCAGCUCUACCACAGAGGAUGAGAGAUGCGAGGACAUUUUUUGUAGUGCCUGUUCCAAGAUGUCUUUCUCUCCAGUAAUGCUGGUGGUGACAUUGAUCUUGUUUUUAAGUGUGUGAUCACUGGAUCACUGUCAUUAAAUCUCAACUGAUGAGAUCUCAACUGAUUUAAUGACAGUCUAUGCACGUAGAUUUACCUUUAAUCCAUGUCAAUGAUAAUCUUAUGGCCUGAGUGUACUCCUGCAGAUACGAUCUGCUGACAGUCUAUGCAUGUGAGAAUGACGCACAUUUUGUCACCAGCACUGGCUGUACAGACAGUCGUGCUGCACCAAAGUUUUGUGUCCAUACAGAAUUUUGCAUUGACUAUGCCUGACAUGCAUAUUUCCAAGCACUGGUUCAGGUCAAGAGAAAGCACAAUCUGUUUACACUAAUUAUACUUUCAUGCAAGGGGACUUGGAGUAGACAUUUUCAUUUCAAUGUUUGCUCCCCUGGGAUUAAAACUAAAACAGAGACUGGAAGAUAGUUAUUUUAUGUCAUGCUUCAGUGAAUUAUAGCUAAUUAGACAAAAACGAUGAAUUUUUGCCAUAGAUUUACUCAAUGCAGUGAUACUAUUUGAAACCCUGUUUGGGUGACAUGACUCAUGCUGCCGAAAGGCGUAUGUGCAGUAACAAACGGAGUAUAUUUUGGUGACAACAAUGCACAUGACUGUAUGGCCGUAUCCACAGAAGUAAACUCAAAGCCUGAGUGUACUUGUUAAAUGAUUGUAACUUUUUUUGUAAUCUCUCUGGGUAUGUAUUCUGGAUAAUGAAGUGUGUAGGUUUGAAUAUGUGUAGGUUUGCUGUUAUUCCUUAGGUAGGCUAAACUGUUAAUGAUUACCUUUGGGGGUGUUUAAACUGUAGGGUGAAAAUU